AUGUCUUCAGCAACAACUCCAGAUUCAACAGUCGGCGGGAACACUUCAGAUCAUGAAGAAUCAUUAGCUCCUGACGAGUCGAAAUUGGGAGGUUUCAAUGCCGAAGUUGACGAGAAAGCUCAGUCACCUUCGAAAGUUGUAGUAGCACCUUCUGCUCCAUUGACUGGCAACAAUAAUGACCCGAAUAUUGUCGAUUUCGAAGGUCCAGAUGACCCGUACCGACCUGUUAAUUGGCCGAUGCGAAAGAAGCUCAUUACCACCGCUCUUUACAGCUUCACAACUAUGGGCUCCACUUGGGCAAGCACAAUAUAUAAUUCUGGAAUUACGCAGAUAGAAGCGCAAUUUGAUGUUAGUAGUGAAGUUGCGUUAUUGGGAAUGACGUUUUACUUGUUGGGAAAUGCCUUCGGUCCUCUCCUCUUCGCACCUGUUUCAGAAGCAUACGGCCGGAAGAUCUCUGUCUUGAUCCCAUUCUUCAUGUGCGCGAUCUUCUCCUUCGGCACCGCAACAGCAAAGGACACACAAACGGUUCUCAUUACAAGAUUUUUCGCUGGUAUCGGUGGAUCUGCUCCUCUUUGCAACACCGGGGGUGUAUUAGCAGAUAUAUGGCCACCACAACACAGAGGCGCGGCGCUUCUCACUUAUGGAAUGGCAGUCGUUGCAGGCCCUCUGCUCGCGCCUCUUGUGGGUGGAGCUUUAGUGGUCAACCUGGAGCAUGAUGGAUGGCGUUGGGGAGAAUACCUCACCGGUAUUCUAUUACUCGCUAUCAUGGCGGCCGAUAUUUUCUAUAUUGAGGAAAGCUACCCUCCAAUCUUGCUUACUCGAAAGGCCAACAGAUUGCGCAAGUUGACUGGAAAUUGGGCAUUACAUUCAAAACACCAGGAAAACGACCAGAGCCUCAAGUCUUAG